AUGUCAACUCAAGCGACCCAAGCUGUUCAAUCAUCUCACUCUCUCUAUGAGGCCGUUCAAGAUGUUACAACCGAGAAAGUCUUUAAUGAAGCUGUAGGUGAUGUUGAAGAGGAUCAAGUGAUCAGAGGUGUUGAUGGUAGUCAAUCAACUCAGUCUGAUUCACCACCUACUCUACUUCUUGAUCUCUCUACUUUUACGAGUCCCAACUUGAUUUCACAUUCUAUUCCACCUUGUCUAGUUUCCUCAAGUCUCACUCCUUCAAUUAAUCACGUCACGACCCCUGAUUCUCCUACCAUUGGGCUUAAAGAUUCUUAUAAUUUUCCUUCCAGCUCCAACUAUUUUCCGAGUCAGAUGUAUCCGUCUCCUCCUGUCGAGAUCUCUCGGCCUAACUUGAGACGUAGUCAGUUUAGCUCUUAUCGUACUGAAACUACAAGUGAUUUCAUUUCCUAUUCACCAUCGGUUCUCUUUCCUCAUUACGAAGAACCGGAGGAUGAGACUUCGGAUGACGAUGAGGCAUCUGCCCAAAAUGGUUGGUCAAUGGCUCAACGUUUACGCGAUGCUGCUCUCUCCGAUUGGGAAUCACAUCGAAACGUCGAACCAUCCCUCCAGUCAUCCGCCAUCAGUUCUCCUUCGAUAGUUCAACAGAAUGAAGUCCAAACUGCCACUCGUCCUAAUCUAUACCACAGUAUCCGAACCUGGGCGCUCCAAUCCAGCGAAGCAACUCUUCGUCAACCAUCCGCUCCGGUGGGAGAAUUUCCAUUUGGAUCAUCGGCCGCACGCACUACUCUAGACCCUGCAUUCACUAUCACUAGUCCUUCGGCAGUUUUUGCAAGUUCUCCAUUGGCAGGAAGAAACACGAUUUUUGGAAGCGAUGGAGCUUCAAUGGCAAGCACUGCCGCUGUGCAGGAGGACAACAAUCCCGACACGGACGGCGAGACUGUUUCCAACCCCGCUGUUUGUCAACCAUCACCAGUAAAUCGCACCUCAUGUUCACCCUUACAUCGUCAUCUUGCUCGGCGGUCGGUCUCUAGCAGUACCCAUGGAUUGCCCACCUCCAACAGUUUCAAACAAACUGCUGCCGUUCCACCGUUGAUCGCCACUUCAUCUUCGCUUGGCUCAUCAAGUGAAGGAUUCUCUAUCGGUAGCGUAUUUGAAGAAGAAGAAAUCGCAGAACCUGCGAACCCCAUUGUGAAAAUCGAAAAGGAAGCUUCGCACUCUCAAGGUCUUGGCGAGUCACCUAUUCUAUCAAGCUCUGGCCAUCUUACUGUUUCAGCCAGACCAAAGACCAAGCGAUACAAAUCAUGCGGCGAGAUCGUUCAACAGAAGCCUUCUUUCACCAACGUCUUCAUAUCCGAUUCGAGAAAAGACAUUGUCUGUACUCGGAUUAAUAGAAUCUAA